AUGCCGGUUGACUACAGCAAAUGGGAUGCCCUCGAGCUCAGCGAUGACUCGGACAUCGAAGUGCAUCCCAAUGUCGACAAGCGGUCCUUUAUCCGCGCGAAACAGAGCCAGAUCCACAUGGAACGCCAGCAACGGAAGCGUCAGAUCGAGACCCUCAAAUACGAACGCAUCAUCAACGACAGCCUCAUCAAGCGCAUCUCGUCCCUCCUUGCAUCACUAAAGGCUCAUGCCUCGGAUGCGAAGUCAGGAAACCCGGGGGAGGUGGCCUUUCGCGCCGUCAUGGAGUCGGCGGCCGGACUGGACCCCAAGGACGACCAGCCCCCGCCGCGCCCAGAGUCCGUCCACAACGCCGAGGAGCAGCUGCCCUCAUACACCAAGAUGAUGGCGACGCUUCUGGAUCAGGUAAAUAAGGCCCUCGACGAGAAGAAGGUCAGCCAGGAAGAAAGAUACGACGGGAUGGUGGCCGAGAUUGGGGAACACCUACAGAAGGUCACUGAUCUGCAGAGCGAGCUGAUCACGAAGCUCGCCGAGCUCGAAAAGGAGGAGUCGAGCAAGAUCACCAGCGAAGGGAUCCACACGGGUUUCAACAGCUCCCAUGUCAACAAGUCCACCUCCUCCACCUCCGGCUCGGGAGCCAAGGACUCCUCCAAAAUCGAACUCCUCAACCCGAACUUCAGCAACACUAACUCCCUCCCCGCGGCAUCUACCUCCACCACCACCGCCGACGACGACGAAGAAAUCACGGCCUCCCCGCUCGCCCACAAGUUCGCCCUCAUCAAGUCCACCCAGUACCGCGAGUCGCUAGCCUUCCUCUCAGAGCACCCCGAGAUCCUCACCGAGAAAGAAACCGAUGGCCUGCUGAUCCUCGCCUUCGACGCGCAGCUGGAAAACCGGUCCGACUACGCGCGCAACUGCGUGCACCAGGCGCUGCUGCUGCAGUACUGCCGCUCGCUGGGCCGCGACGGCGUCGCCCUCUUCUUCAAGCGCAUCGCCACGCCAGGCCACCAGGCCCAGGAGGUGUUCCACAAGGACGUCCAGGACACGUACGCCCGUAUCCGCACCCGCACCCGCGAGAUCGUGAUGCAGCGUGCGAAGGACGAGGCGGAGGGGAAGGGCGAGGGGGUCGAACAGAUCCAGCUGCAUGCCGUCGAACCGGGGACGGUUAUCAAUAUUCGGAUUCCCGAUGCCGAGGCUGCGGAUGAGGAGUCUAAAAGGGGGAGGGAGAUCUUUGAGGGGUUUACGGCGGAUAUGAAGAGGGCGUUGGAGACGGGGAAGUUGGAGGAGGUGAAUAAGGUGCUGGGGGAGAUGAAGGUGGAGGAGGCGGAGGAUGUGGUGGGGAAAUUGGGCGAGGCGGGUAUCUUGAGCCUCGAGGAGGAGAUUAUCGAUGCCACUACGGAGAAGGGCAAGGAGCAGUGGAAGAAGCUCGAAGAGGAGAAUGCGGCCAAGUAUGCUGAUGACCCGGCGUGA